CGCAACUGUUGACUUUUGCACCCGGAACAACAACAUUGACGGAUGUGGUACAUGUUAGCCAAAUUAGUCCAACGUCGUUAGAUUAGGGUCCCACUUUUGGAUUAAGUUGCAAUUAAUCGCAAAUCCAGAGUUGCUCCAUGGGUUCAUCUGCUCGGUUGAGACUCUUCAUUAACCGAAACAGGCCUUUGAUCCUGGAUGGAGGUUUAGCAACUGAACUGGAAGCACACGGGGCACAACUACAGGGAGAUCCUCUGUGGAGUGCCAGACUUUUGCACACGAAUCCCAAGGCCAUAAAAGAUGCUCAUCACAGGUUCCUCCUGAGUGGGGCUGAUGUCAUCACCACGGCCACGUACCAGGCGAGCGUCCAGGGUUUUGUAACCCACCUGGGCAUGAGCGCUGAACGGGCCAAGGAGCUGCUGAUGUCUGGAGUCCAUCUUGCCAGAGAAGUGGUGAAAAAUUUUGGCUCUGGGAAUACGGGCCCUUUGGUGGCGGGCUCAAUUGGAUCAUAUGGAGCCUAUUUACAUGAUACCUCGGAGUACACGGGGACUUUUGCAGAGAAGAUGACUGUUGAUGAGCUGAAAGACUGGCAUCGGCCGCAGGUUGAGGGCUUAUUGGCAGCCGGAGCUGACCUCCUCGCCUUUGAGACAAUCCCAAGUAUCAAAGAGGCCGACGCUGUGGUGGAGCUGCUCAGAGAGUUCCCCGACUCCAGCGCCUGGCUGUCCUUCUCCGUUAAGGACGAGACACGAAUUUCCGAUGGCAGCCCUUUCGCAGAGGCUGUGCGGGUCGCCAGCAGGUCCGCCCAGCUGCUCGCCGUAGGAGUCAACUGCUGCUCCCCAACGGUGGUGGAGCCCCUCCUGGACUCUGCCAGCUCUCAGCUGAGCCCAGACAUGAGCUGGGUGGUGUACCCCAACAGUGGCUGGGAGUACGACUCCCAGCAGGGGUGGCAAGCUCGAGGGGAAUCGUCGAUAUGGAUCCCUGAGUUGAGCCGCAGAUGGGUGAAGCAGGGUGCUGCUCUGAUAGGUGGCUGCUGCUGCAUCAGUCCUGCUGAGAUCGCAGAGUUGAGAAAAGUCUUAAAAGGAAGUUGCGACGGACAGCCUUGAAAGCAGAACUUUACAGCCCCUCCCUGGGCCUGGGAGCCAGCUGAAGUGACGGCAUCAGGAUGGAUGUAAACAUGCAGAAAAGUGAGGAGGAGGAGGUUUCAGGAAGGACAAUGACAACAAAUUUAUUAACAAUAGAGUCCAGUGGGAAAAAUAGGAAAAGGUCAAAUCACAAAGCCAACUCAGAAAUUCUUUUCAGGGGUUUGUAUGCCUGAAGCUAAAUUAAAUGUAAAUAAAGCCAAAAUUCUUUACAA